AUGGGUAACACAACGUCCGGUAAACGUCAUAAUUCAGGAGAUGACUCCGGUCCAACUAUAACUGCAAAUCGUCUUGGAGACAACUCACUGGAAGAAGGCGAUUUCGACCCAAAUGUGUUUAAGCGAGGUAGUAGAGAGCUUCCUGUGGAUCACUAUCAAAGACCUCGCUCAAACACUGUCACCCAUAGUCCUGUACAAGCAGAAAAACGAUUACCUACAGUUUUCCGAUGGGAAGGCAUUGCCAAAGAAGUUUGUUUAUCUGGAAGCUUUAACAACUGGAAAACAAAAAUUCCAUUGGCUAAAAGCAAUGGGGAUUUUUUCACAAUUCUUGACUUGCCUGAAGGAGAACAUCAAUAUAAAUUUUAUGUUGAUGGCCAAUGGGUUCAUGAUCCAAAUGAGCCAACAGUUCCAAAUGCAAUGGGUACAUUAAAUAAUAUUGUUCUUGUCAGCAAAAGUGACUUUGAAGUAUUUGAAGCUCUUGCCAUUGACAGUGAAAAUUCCAGUUCUAAACGAAAAAAUGAUUUGGCUGGCUCUCCACAAGGUGAAUAUGGACAAGAUAUGCCUCCACGGCGAGCAGAAAAAGUUUCAGGUCCACCAUUUAUACCACCUCAUUUGCUUCAAGUAAUUCUCAAUAAGGACACGCCUGCUCAUUGUGAACCAACCCUCCUUCCAGAACCAAACCAUGUUAUGUUGAACCAUUUGUAUGCAUUAUCAAUUAAGGAUGGUGUCAUGGUUUUGAGUGCUACUCACCGAUUUCGUAAGAAGUAUGUGACCACGUUAUUGUACAAGCCCAUCUAA